AUGAGUUAUCUAGCCGAUGAACUCAAGGAGAAGGGAAACGCUGCAUUCCGCAACGGCCAGUACAUCGAAGCCGAGGAGCUCUACACUCAAGCCGUUCAGAAAUAUUCAAGAAACCCACUCAUCUUCACGAACCGGGCGAACGUACGGCUCAAGCUCCAACGGUGGGAUGACGCUGUCAACGACUGCCUGAAGAGCAUCGAAGUCGCUGGUCCAAAAACGCAAAACAAUAAGGCCUUCUACUUCCUGGCCCAAGCCCAACUAGCCCUCCACCACCCCCACGAAGCCCUCUCCUCCGCCCUAACCGCCUACGACCAAGUCCGCCACCCCUUAUCCCCAGCGGCAAAGAUCUCCCCAAAGGACCUGGAGACCUUCUCCUCCUUCGUGCUCAAAUGCAAAAAGGCCAAAUUCGCCACCCGCGACCGCGACCGCUUGCGUCGGCAAGGCCACCUCCGCGCGGAACUGGAAGAGACUCUCGAAUCCAACAAACAGCGCGACCUCGACGCCAUCUCUGCGCAGCUUUCCAACCAAGAACUCGGCCCUGUCGAAGCGUCAGAAAGGAACCAGGAGAUCUUGUCGACUUUCGAUACGAAGAUCGCAGAGCUCAAAACUCUGUUCGCGAUAGCGGACCCGACUAACCACAAACCUCGUGAGAUCCCGGAUCAUCUAAUCGAUAUGAUCACGUUCGAGCCAAUGCACGAUCCGGUGAUGACGAAGAACGGGCAUUCGUACGAGCGGGCGACGAUUUAUGAGCAUUUGAAGCGCAGUCCGACGGAUCCGUUGACGAGGGAUCCGUUGCGGGUGGAGGACUUGAGGAGUAAUUUUGGCUUGAAGGCGGCUUGUGAUGAGUUUUGGGAGAGUGGGGCGAGUGAGUGGGUGAUUGACUGGUGA